AUGAAUGGGACUGUCCCUCAUCCGACUGCCAUAGCUCUUCCUCCGACGUUCCCCGCCUUCCUCGGUCUCGUUGACUCCACUCCGCUCCAAGUGCAAGCUCCAAACCUCUCGAUCAUGGACCUCUUCCACACUGCCGCAGUGCCCCAAUCAGUCCGGUUCACCUCCCUCGCUUCCGAGAAAGUGAUGCCUUCCUCUGCAAGCCGCAUGGUUCCUCUUGGCUAUCUGCUGUCUUCCCUCUUGCUUCAGUCACCGGGUGCUGCCUCGCAACAGGAAGCCAACCUCUUCCGUGACUUCCUCCUGCUGGCCCAGAGUGACGUUGAGCCGUUGAUGACUCCCGAUCUGCCACAUGACUUCUCUAUCGCGGAUGCGACUGCUGUUCUCGGGGUGACAGGAUCGUUCUGGAUUCUUCCUCGUGCCAUCGCCGGGUAUCUAACCACUGGUGCUGGGCCUCACGAUCUCUGUGUUAUCCAAGACGACAUCGACUGUCUCUUGGUGCAGGAAGGCUGCCAAAACGUUGGAGCGACGCUUCUCCCGCUGCCUGGAGCAAAGGAUAUCGAGGUGGCUGUCACGCACGAUGUGAAUGGUCUUGCGGCCCGUCGCCUCGUCCGAGAUAAGUAUGCCAAUGGCAAGUGGAACACUUUGGGAUACCUGGCUUCGCGAUUCGCACCCGGCGGCUCCCUAGGAGCGGACAACAAGCUCUUUGCGUUUGCUCACGUACCCGGCGCGGAGCUCAACGGUACCACUCGCUUCGAGCAUGGCAUACCUGUUCACGAGUUCAAGGACCUGCGUGCCAACACUCGCUGUGUGCUCGAGUCGCAGGCUUUUGGCGUCAAGGCCCGAGCGACGGAGCUUGGCCUCGAGUUGCCCCACCGCGUUGUUCUUGUCGAUGACACCGAUAAUCAUCUCCUCGGCCAGGUCUUCGCCACGGACGUAUACACACCUGAGGUGCGCCAGGACGCCAUUUCCUUCGGCGCCGCUCUUCUCAUCCACAACCUUCCCCAGAUCUCGCAGGCCUUGUACAAAACACGCAACGAAAGUGCGCCCAACACAACACCUCCUCUGACCCCGUCCACAACGGGCGCCAACUCGCCUCCCCGCUUCGAGGCCAUUAGCUCUCCAAAGUGUCCCCCGUCUCCUGCUCCCUCUGACUCUGGUGUUGUCCGCGUGCGCCUCAUCACUCCCAAGCCGCAGGACACUUGGGAGCAUGAGCUGUACAAUGCGAUGAUGCCCGAGUUCCUGCGUCUCAGCGGCAUCGUUGUCCCGAGUGCCAUUUUCUGA